GUACGGGCUGCUACGACGUACGACGUUACGACUUGGUUACGACGUACUAGACUUCUACUAGACUAGUCUAGAAACGCACGUGAAAAUCGUGAAACGUACACUGACCGCACACUCUUUAAACAUAACCUGGAAAAAUUGUGAAACACCAAAACUGAUUCAACCAUGUUCAAACAUUGCAAAUAACUUAUUCGUUUAUUUAUUUCAUUACCAGUAAACAUUUCGUCACCUCAACAUGUUACCUGCCAAACGAUUUAUACCCGAAAUACUGGCACGCCGAAAUGUAUUAUUCAAGUCAACAUUAUUCGCGAGAGUCGUUGGUCCAACUUCAUAUCUUUUGGAAACAAGACGAGGUAAAAAGAAAAGCAGCAGCAUUGGACUUACUUCUUUGUUUGAACCUGUGCCUGUCACACCUAACCCGGAUGAUAUCAAUGUUGGCGCUGAAUUAACUGGGGCUUUAAAAAAGGCUGAUCUUCUGAAAAUACUUAAUCAGUUUGCACAGAAGAAAGAAGUCUCUCAACUGGCUGCUGCACAAGGAAUGGAUCUUCGUCUACAACUACAAGCACAAGCAAGUUUCCGUCGCUAUUGUUUGGAGGCAGAAUCAUUGCCAGUAGAUCUCCAUGUCGUAUUAAGCGACAUUCUCCAGGGUGCAGGAAACAUAGUUGACAUAUUUCCAUAUUUUGUCAGGCAUUCAAAGGAAAUAUUCCCUCAUCUGGAAUGUAUGGAUGAUUUGAAGAAAAUUAGCGACCUUCGUUUACCUGCAAAUUGGUAUCCAAUGGCGAGAUCAAAAUCUAGGAAAAUUGUGUUCCAUGCUGGUCCAACAAAUAGUGGCAAAACGUAUCAUGCUCUAGAACGUUUUAUGAGCGCGAAAAGUGGUGUAUAUUGUGGUCCUCUCAAAUUAUUAGCAACAGAAGUUUUUCAUAAGUGUAAUAAAAUGCAAACACCUUGUGAUUUGGUUACUGGCGAAGAACGACAAUAUGCAAACGUCCAUGGGACCCCUUCUUCUCACGUUUCAUGUACUGUGGAAAUGACUAAAGUCAACGAGGCCUAUGAAGUAGCGGUAAUCGAUGAAAUUCAAAUGAUCAAAGAUCAAGGCCGAGGUUGGGCUUGGACGAGAGCUCUCCUAGGAAUUGCUGCUGAUGAAGUUCACCUGUGUGGUGAACCUGGAGCAGUUGAUCUUAUUCGAGUUUUAUGCUCGACGACCGGAGAAGACGUAGAGGUUCGCCGAUACAAACGGCUGACACCCCUGAGCAUAGAAGAACACGGCUUAGGCUCACUCGACAGAGUUCAACCGGGAGAUUGUAUAGUAUGCUUUAGUAAAAAUGACAUAUAUACCGUAUCACGAGACCUAGAAAAACGAGGAGUUGAAGUAGCUGUUAUCUAUGGCAGCUUACCACCAAAUACAAAACUCGCCCAAGCCGCCAAAUUCAACGAUCCCGAUAAUCCAUGUAAAGUCCUCGUAGCUACUGACGCUAUAGGAAUGGGUCUUAAUCUACACAUACGACGAGUUAUAUUUUAUUCACUGAUAAAACACAUGCUAAAUGAAAAAGGGGAAAAGGAAGUGGAUACAAUAUCAGUAUCAUCGGCUCUGCAAAUAGCUGGCCGCGCUGGUCGUUAUGGAACUCAAUGGGAGCAGGGCUUCGUAACGACGUUCAAAAACGACGACCUUCCAACCCUCAAGCAUCUAUUGAGUCAAACUCCUGAACCUCUAAAGCAAGCCGGACUCCAUCCAACGGCGGAUCAAAUUGAAUUGUACGCUUAUCACCUGCCAAAGGCUGCUCUUUCUAAUUUGAUGGAUAUUUUCGUAUCGCUGUCGACCGUUGACGAUUCUUUAUACUUUAUGUGCAACAUCGAAGACUUCAAAUUCCUUGCUGACAUGAUCCAGCACGUACCGCUACCUCUGAGAGCUCGAUACGUAUUUUGUUGCGCUCCAAUAAACAAAAAAAUUCCCUUCGUGUGCACCAUGUUCCUCAAGUUCGCCCGACAAUAUAGUAAAAACAAUGCGAUUACGUUUAGUUGGUUGUGUCAACAAAUCGGCUGGCCAAUCACGCCGCCGAUGACAAUUCUUGAUCUCGUCCAUCUGGAGGCAGUAUUUGAUGUCUUAGAUCUUUAUCUUUGGUUGAGCUAUCGUUUUAUGGAUCUUUUCCCAGACACCAAUACCGUUCAGGAUAUGCAAAAGGAGCUCGACGCUGUUAUUCAACACGGAGUCUUCGAGCUCACGAAAUUGUUAAAAAAUGUGGAAACAGGUACGAGCACAGCAGCGGUUACUGUUGCGGACACUGAAAAUUUCGAAGUCAACACUCAGAAGCAACACUACUACAGAGGAUCUCCUUCAAAUAAUAAUUUUAUGCAGCAGCCUGUGGGACGUGGACGGUUAACCGAACAACUUUUGGCCCAAGGACUUCUCACGCCGAACAUGUUACAAGAAUUGCAACGUGAAUGGACGCAGGGAAGCAACACGGCCAAAAAUUCUGAAAGCGUGGAAUAUCGAAAACCAGGAAGACCGAGGAAACCGAAAUGAAAAAAGAAUAGAAGUCUUUUGUUGAUAACACGUUGUACAUAUUUAAUAUGUCGAGAUAUAAAACGAACGAAUGAA